AUGAGUUAUUCCAAUAAGGAGAAUGUUGAUGAUACUUAGAUAUUGAUGGAUCAGGAGGAGGUGCUUGAAUUUGUUAAACAAUUGAAAAUGAUGAACAAACAAUUUAUUACUUAAAUCAAGCAACUGAUUCGAGAGAAAGCAGAGUACAAAUAGUUGAUUUAGGAACUGCAAAGUCAGUUGCAAAGAAAGUGCGAGUAGUUAUAACAGUAAGAGUUGAUAAUCCAGGAGUGCGAACUAUAGGUAGCAUUUGUGUAGGUUAUUGUAGUUAGAGUCAUGCAGGUCGAAUUAUGAAGAACAAGUUAAUCGGUUGGAAGUAGAGUUGAAAUUAAAUCAAAUGGUUUUCUAGGUUGAAUUGAGUCAGCAGAAAUAGGAGAUCGUGGAUCUAAGUGAUAAAUUGAAAAGCACUCAAUAAGGUUACUCAACUACUGUGGCUACUUCAUUUUUAUAAACAUCAUUUAAUUAGAAAUAGGAUAGUUUAUUCAAAGUAUGAGUAGUUGAAUAACUUUAGGAUAGUCAUACAUUAGAGAGUGUAGGUUAAACAGAAGGAGAAUAUAGCAUUAUGUCGAAUAAGAAUAAGGGGUAGAAAAUGAUGUUGAAGAUAAUGUAAGAUCCCAUAACCAACUUGAAGAAGCAAAAGGAAUUAAUUAAAAGAGAAAUCACUUAAUGGUAAGAUGAGUUCCUAAAGAAAGAAGGUCGACCACCUUCUAUUAAUGAUAAGUAAUCGAUCAGUACUAAGUUUUAUCAAUAUACUAUAUUGAAGAAAUAAUUAAAUGAUCGAAGCACUGUCAUAUAGGAUAGUACAGAUUGCAAGAAUGUUAGUGUUUAAUGCAAUUUGAUAGACGCAUCAUAGAUGUGUUAAUUGCAAGAAUAAAUCAAAUAGAAAACUAACGAAAUUAAGAGAAUAAGUUUUUAAUUGGAAGAUUUAAGAGGCAAGGUGAAAGUGUACUGUAGAGUAAGACCCUCGAAUAGUUUAGAUAAAAUAAAAGGUAUUAAUUGCAAGUUAAACUUAGAUUGCGAGGUCUAAUUUAUAGAUGAGUAGCACAUCUCAUUGAAAUAGAAAGUUUUCAAUUUCGACAACUGCUUCAACCAACAAUCUACUCAAAAAGAUGUAUACGAAGAGAUACAGUAAUCACUUCAAGCAAUAUUUCAUGGCUAUAAUUUGUGUAUUUUUGCUUAUGGUCAAACUGGCAGUGGCAAGACAUACACAAUGUUUGGAACAAAAUAACAACCUGGAGUAAUACCCAAUUUAAUAGACGAUAUCUAUGCCUAUAUUAAACGAAACAAUUUAGAUUGUUCAAUUAUAGUGAAUUCUUUGGAGAUAUACAAAGAGAACAUCAUAGAUUUACUAAAUGACUAACAAAGUUCUUUAUCUCUGGAACUUAAGGAGAAUGCAAGUGGGUAAGUGUUUGUUUAAAAUCUUACCAAUAUCAAAGUGCAAAAUAUGUAUGAACUAAUGAAUUUGAUUGAGUUUGCAUCAUCGAAAAGAAGAUAAAGUAUAACUGAGAUGAAUGAUUCCAGUUCAAGAUCUCAUAUGUGCACUCAACUUGUAAUCGAAACCUUUAAUAAAAUGACUUAAUAGGUACGAUAGAAUUUGAUACAUAGAAAUUCACCAGUAGAGUUAACCUGAUUGAUUUGGCUGGCUCAGAAAGGUGUAACAAAUCAAGACUAAAACAAAAUCAAAUGGAGGAAGCUAAGUAUAUUAACAAGAGUCUCUCUGCUCUUAAUGAUGUGAUGAUUGCUCUAUCGACGAAGAGUAGUUUCAUUCCAUACAGGAACAGUAAACUCACUUAUUUGAUGAGGGAAUGCCUAGGAGGAAAUGUAUUGUUUAAUUAUCAUUGUAGUCAAAAACAAUCAUGAUCAUCAAUAUUUCGCCUUCCUUUAUCAACUUAGAUGAAUCUAUGAGUUCCUUGUAAUAUGGGUAAAAAGUUAAAUAAAUAACUAAUUAACCAAUUAAGAAUUUAGAACCAGUGGAACAAGCAAAAAAAUUAUAAAAAGUAUGUAAUUAGCAUGAUGAAAAUACGUAAUUAAGAUAAUAAAAGUGA